AUGCCGAACGGUGGUCGCCGCCGCGCAGAUUACAGCUAUGGACGGUGGGAUCACGGUGGCUAUUGGCAGUGGACGCCGGCAAGUACUCGCAGGCGAGAGCGGUGGGCAAGUGCUUCGGCGACGGGAAGUUUCAACAUGAAUCGUGCCCAGCAGCUCCUUAGCCAGUACCGCGUCGCAGGCGAGGAGCUCUACAAUCAGGCAGUCCGUGGCAAGAUGCCGGAGGCGUCCUACGCGGCCAUGGAAGAGUACGCUCAGGAAAUGCCAUGCACGACAUGGAACACGAUGGACACAAGGAUGCGGAGCUCAGAUCCUGCAAUGCUUAUGUACGAUGCGUUCGGGUGCGGGGAAAGGCUCCACUUCAUCAACGUUCCAGAGGCAGCCCCUCCGUCGACCUCGACACCAAGUCAUGAGGUCACUUGCAUCAUGGAGAGCAUGCGCCUCGUGCAAGCCAUGGCGCCUGAGCAGGCCGCCAAAAUAUUAAUCGAUACAGCUGCCCUUCAGGGGCCAUAUGAGGACUGA